CACCAGCGAUUGAGGUAGGGUGCGUUAACUGGCGAAAGAUUGCUUGACACUGAUUGGAAAUGAGACAGCAUAGCAGUGACCGAUAUUAGGCCACAAAACUACAUUUUCAGGAUUGUUUAGCAGGUGCCCUAAUAGUAACAAAAUUGAUACAGUAUUCAUUGAUAACGUCUGUCGAUAUCUAUUAGGUUCUUCCAAGCGGCAACAGCAAGUAGCUACACUCACCACCGCUGCCCGCACGCACCGUACUCCAAAAACUUGCUUGUACAUCAUCACCGCACGCCAUGGCUGCAGCCGUUCAAGAACUGCAGAAUUUCAUCGACGGGAAAUUCGAGCCGUGGUCGGGACCGUGGAUACGGAGCGUGAACCCUGCCACGGGCGUCCAUGAGAUCAAUGUUCCGGACUCAGGUUCUGACGAAGUGAAUGCCGCUGUCGAUGCUGCGACACGGGCCUUGCCAGGGUGGCGCGCGUUGUCGUGCGCGCAGCGGGCAGAGUACAUGACGCGCGUGGCCGAUCUCCUGGACGCGAGCCUGCAGCAGUUCGCUGAGGCAGAGUCCCGGGACCAAGGCAAGCCUGUGUGGCUCGCGGCCAAAGUCGACAUCCCGCGCGCCGUGCUGAACUUCAGGCACUUCGCGGCGGCCCUGCCGCACCUCUUGGGCACGUCCAAGAUCCUGAGCGAGUCUCAAACCGUCAACUACACGACGCGCGAGGCUGUGGGCGUAGCAGGCCUAAUAUCGCCCUGGAACUUGCCCCUUUAUCUGCUCACAUUCAAGAUAGCUCCGGCACUCAUGAGUGGCUGCACGGUCGUUGCCAAGCCUUCGGAGCUCACGUCACUCACGGCUUUCAUGCUGUGCCAGCUCUUCGUUGAGGCAGGAGUGCCCGCUGGCGUGCUGAACAUGGUGUUCGGCAGUGGGGCGGCUGCAGGGUCAGCCCUCACCCAGCACCCCGACGUGCCGCUCAUCUCCUUCACGGGGUCAACCGCCACCGGGGCCACCAUCGCCUCAAUCACGGCUCCACUCUUCAAGAAACUCUCGCUUGAGAUGGGAGGCAAGAACGCGGCGUUGGUUUUCAGCGACUGCGACUUGAACAAGACCGUAGCUACGCUGGUGAGGAGCUCCUUCAUCAACCAGGGGCAGGUGUGCCUCUGCACCUCCAGGAUUUACGUUCACUCACGCAUCUAUGACGAGUUCCUGGACAAGUUUGUUGCAGCUGUCAAGAAGCUGAAAGUAGGAAGUCCAGACGACGACAGCUCCUACCUGGGCCCCCUGAACUCGGCCCAGCACCUGGCGAAGGUGCGUCAGUGCGUGGUCCAGGCAGUGAAGGAUGGAGGACGCGUCCUGUGUGGCGAGACCCGCGAUGAACUCCAGCUGCCGCCUCAAUGUGCCAACGGUUUCUUCAUGGCGCCGACGGUGAUCACGGACGUCCCUGAAGAGAGCCAGGCCAUGAAGGAGGAGAUAUUCGGGCCGGUGACGUGCGUGCGGCCCUUCAGCACCGAGGAGGAGGUCGUCCGUGCGGCUAACGGCGUCCGCUACGGCCUCUGCGCUGCCGUCUUCACGCAGGAUCUCGGCACAGCGCACCGCGUAGCGCACGCCCUACAGGUGGGGACAGUGUGGACCAACUGCUGGCUGGUCAGAGACCUCGACUUGCCUUUUGGAGGGAUGAAGCAGAGCGGCCUGGGGAGGGAGGGUACGCACGAGAGCUGGGACUUCUUCACGCAGCAAAAAACGAUCUGCCUUCAGAUCUCUUGAGUUUUAUUAAAUAAAAUGUUGUACCCAGGCUAGGUUUACAUCUUGAUCCCUGUAUUUUUUAUAUUUUUUAUAGACUGGAUUCUUAAGAGUAAUUUUAAUGAUUGUUUAGUGUAAACUGUGUAGAAGCAUAAAAUUUGAGUAGGCAUACAAUUAUUUGUGUAGCCUGAAUGUUUACAGAUUACAAUUUUUAGUCAUAUUCCCUGAAAUUGAAAAAUGUCCAUGCCAUAUUAGUCUCUAAACAAAUGAUGUGUUAUCUUUUUAUUUGGAGUUUCACCUCUAUUACUUAUAUACCGCUAUAGUAUGGUGACAAUUAUGGAACUUUAUAAUUGUUGAAAUUUCAUAAACUGUGCGAAUUGUUAAUAAUGCUCGCAUAUUCGCUCGUCCAUUGAUGUUUGUGGAAAUGAUCAUUUGCGAAGAUGGAUCAGCUGCAUUCAAUGUUAUCUUCUAAGAGCAGUGUUGGCAGCGUGGAGUCAAAGAUUGAAAUUUAUCGCCUUUACAAUAAAUGCAUUAUAAAUUUCUGGUAGGUUAUUUUUUAUACGUAAUAGGUGUGCGAAAGGGAAAAUGCUUUUUGUUUUCAUGUCGUUCAGGUGAGCGAGAAGAAUUUAUGUAUUUUUAUUAUAAUAUCUGGGAAACGGGUUAUUCUAUAAACUCUUUAUAUGCAGUGAAUAUAUGGAUAUAUAUAUAUAUAUAUAUAUUCAUAUAUAUUAAUAGUGAAUAU